ACUUUCGUUUUCUCGCGAUAUCUCAGAAGUUUUGAGCUUAUGCAUUUAGAUUUAAUACCAAAACUCGGUAUGGUCCCUCUCGUUCUUCUUAAAGUGCAAAUGGUAAUAGACUUUUAUGUCACUAAGAGUUAUAGUAUAUAUGAUCCUUAAAGGUUGGAAAAUUAUGUUUUCAUUUGGGUCGAAUAGCUGUCAUCUCCCUAAAAUGUUACAUUUAUUUUUACUCCAAUACUAAUAAUAGCAUUAAAUUAAUACUUUUAGGGGCUAGAAAGAUUUUAGAUUUGUAUGACGAGAACUUCGAAAACUUCACGUCUGUGUGCCAGCCUGAGUUAAAAUACAACUUUUACUACAAUGCCAAAAUAGGACAGCUAGCUGUCUUAAUGCCAUACGCUGCUUAUACCUUGAUUGCUUAUAUCAUAUUAUUUACAAUACAAGAAUCUUGGUUCAGUCAGCAUAAAUGGCGCCAGUGGGCUAGAAUUCUAGAUGUAGACAAAGAUGGCGUCAUUAGUGCAGACGACAUGGAAAAAACAAACGCUAAACUUGAACGGAUCCGCUUACUUAUAAACGGCAGAGAUUCGGCACCGUCUGCAGAGGAACAGACGAAAUGGUGGAACAGUCACGUGUUCAGGUGUGUUCCCGGAAAAGAUAUAUCUCUUGAAGAUUUUAUGAUUUAUUUAGAGGGGCUGAUUGGAAAUGAUAGACCACCACCUGAAAGGGCAAACAAAUUCAGGCCAAUCAUAACGGGGUUCUUUAAUUUCUUCUCAACUGAAACAUAUCGGAGGGAAAAUCUGAUAAUUGGAGGAGUGGACUUUGUUAAGUUCUGGGCUAUUCAAGCAGACGUUGAGGAACAACACUGCAAGGAAAUGCUGAUAAAGUGUGUACCUUCACCAGUUACUAUUGCUUCUUUGUUGGGGGAUUUUGUUACUUUAGUGUCAAACAAUGAACCUUGGCAUUAUAAUAAUUGGAGAUUGUUUGCUAUCCUAAAACAAAAACCAAAGAGAUGUUGAAAAGAUUUAAAGAAACACAAGUUUAUAUAGUUAACUUCAAUUUUUUUUAUAUUCGUAUACGACUAGUUUACAACAUGAUUAAAGUGUUGUUCGAAAAGUU